AUGUGGAGGGUCUUUUGUCGCUCGUGAAUUAUUCGAUUUUUUUAACCAUCAAUUUUCUGCAAAUCUUUCAAGUUUAACAGUUCGAAUUCUGCAUAAAAGUUUUUGCAAAGUCAUAAAUCAAAGAAAAUUGCAAAGUCGAUAAAUGCAAAAAUAUUCUAAAAGUGUUUUUGAAUCAAAAGUGAUUCUUACCAUUUUUGUUUUUCAAACAGGAUUUCUUCGGAUCUAGUGGAAAUAUAUCGUAGAAGAAAAAGCCGUCGCGGUAUUUCGUUGGGAAUUUAAUGAAAUUUUCUAUCAAAUUGAGUUUUUUUUUUAAAUUUUACUGAAGAAAUAUUUUUGAGUAAAGUGGAUAUAAGAAGAAAUUAAAAAGAAUACAAGAAGAAAAAUCAAAUUGGAUAAAUCCAAAACCAGUGAAAUGAUAAUAAAUGUAUGUACGGAGAGUGCAGAAAACGAGUUCUCCCUGAUUGUGUUUGUGUGAGCAAAGAAAAUCCUUGUGUUGCUCUGUGAUUCAAAAAUAAAAGAAGCAAAAAUAUUUUCCAUUUUCUUAACCCAAAAUAUUAUCUAGUUUUUUCUUGUGAAAAAAAUCAAUUUUUCGAUCUUUAAAAGGAAUAAAAAAGUAUUAAAAACCUCAACAUACGGUCGUAAGUAAUAUAAUUAAUUCCAAAAGCCCUCCUCAUCAUCUUCUGUGCCGUCGUCGUCGUGGAUAAUGUUAAAUCAUAUCAAAUAAAAUUUGCUAGUGUAUACAAUUUUCAUUCGAAGAAAAUCGAAAACUUUUAGCAAAUUCGAAGAUUCGUGUCGGUCGAGAAAAUUGUUCGCGUUCGUAAAUAAAGAAUAAAUACGAAGAAAAAGGGAAAUAGAUUUAUAAAUAUUUUAUCAAAGAGAAAAUAAAAUCCCUUUUCGUGUGUUUCUAUAAAGAAAUUGAUAUAUUUUCCAUUCAAUUCUUUAUAUUAUUGGAUUACCUGUCAUUGCCUUGUUUUAUUUGUGGGAUUAUUCUGUAUUUUUGUCGUCGUCUUUUCGUUAUUAUACCUGUUGGCUUCUUCACAGUUGGAUACAUAUAAAUAUAUACCUACAUACGUAUGUAACAAAAAGAAGUAUUUUCCAUCUACCUGAUAUAGCAGUUUUCUUUUGUGGAUUAUAUAAAAAAUAAUAUAAAAGAUAAUCCUCAUCAUUGGACAUUUUAAGCUUGCUUUGAAAAAUAUAAUUAAACUCAUCAACUAUGUCACCGUCAUCCCUCAAUCGGUGAUCUUUGGAUGUUAUCCUAUCGUCAAAACGACCAAAACGACGAUCCCUAAUGAAUCACACGCGAACGAAAUGUCAAAGGAUUAUCGAAGCCACAUGCAAAUGGGCUUCGUAAGAAUGGCUCAAUAUUUAUUUUGUAAAAAAUCCAAAACCAAGUCAACAAUAAAUAAAAAACAAAUACAAAUAAAAACAAUAAAAACCCAUACAAAUAUUAAUAAUAAUAAAAAGAACUUAAGGCUGACAACACAUCAUUACCAUCAACAUUAUCAUCAUUACCAUCAAAAUAAAAACUACGACUUAAGCAUACAAAAGAGCAUCAGGCGAAAUCCCAUGGUUCUAUGGAUUCUUGUGAUAUGUAUAGUGUUUUCAGCGACGGGUGGUGCUGCAAGCGAAUAUGUGCGAAAUUUGGAAGUGUCCGAGGGGGUGCCGAUCGGGCGUCAAAUCGGUUUUAUCGGUGAUGUUAACGGUAGGAUUGACAGUGGUCCGCCAUAUUUGAUAGUGCCUGUGCCGGGUAGUGCUGUUGAAACUGAUUUGUCGAUAGAUCACACAACCGGUGAGAUACGGACUAAAAUCCAGCUGGAUCGAGAACGUCGUGCAUCGUACAGUCUGGUGGCGAUACCCCUCAGUGGGGAUAACGUCCGCGUAGUGAUAAAAGUACUCGACGAAAAUGACAAUGCACCCACAUUUCCAACACCCGUCAUGAAUAUCGAAUUCCCUGAAAACACUCCGAAAGAGGUAAAACGCACAUUGAAUCCGGCGCGAGAUCUCGAUCUGGAACCGUUUAACACGCAGUCGUAUAGUAUCGUGUCGGGAAAUACGAACGGAGCGUUCCGUUUGGCGCCACAUCGUGAAAUGGACGGAGUGUACUAUUUAGACCUACAGAUCUUCGGAUUCCUCGACCGGGAGACAACGCCAAGUUACAGUCUGGUCAUCGAGGCAGCGGACGGUGGCAGUCCACCCCUGAAGGGCCAAAUGACCGUCAAUAUCACCAUCCAGGAUGUGAAUGACAAUCAGCCGAUUUUCAACCAGAGUCAGUACUUCGCCCAAAUCGCCGAAAACGUGACGGUGGGGACUAGCGUGCUGCAGGUGUACGCUUCCGACACCGACGCCGACGAAAACGGCCUGGUGGAAUACUCGAUCAAUCGACGCCAAAGUGACAAGGAGCAAAUGUUCCGCAUCGACUCGCAUACGGGCAUGAUAUCCGUCAACAAGCCUCUCGACUUCGAAGCAAAGGAACUACACGAACUGGUGGUGGUGGCAAAGGACCACGGUGAACAGCCACUCGAGACCACCGCCUUCGUGUCGAUCACAGUGACCGAUGUCAACGACAACCAGCCCACUAUCAAUGUUAUCUUCCUCAGUGACGACGCUACCCCGAAAAUCUCCGAAAGUGCCCAGCCCGGUGAAUUCGUUGCUCGAAUCUCAGUCAACGACCCCGACUCAAAGACCGAAUACUCAAAUGUGAAUGUCACGCUGCAAGGUGGUGACGAUCAUUUCGGUCUAACCACACGUGACAACAUCAUUUACCUGGUCAUCGUUGAACUGCCACUGGAUCGUGAAAUGCAACCCAACUACACUCUGAGUGUUGUGGCCACCGAUAAUGGCAAUCCACCGUUGCAUGCCUCGAAGACGAUCUACCUUCGCGUGACCGAUAUUAACGACAAUGCACCGGAAUUCGAAAAGGACGUCUACUAUGCGAAUGUUAUGGAAGUAGCCGAUCCGGGUACCUCAGUCAUUCAAGUGGUAGCCGUCGACAAGGAUGAGGGCAAUAACUCAGCGGUGAUUUACUCCUUAGUUGAUACGCCCGAAACGCACUCGCAAUGGUUUCAAGUUAACGCACAUACUGGAUUAAUAACAACACGAGCGCAUAUAGAUUGCGAAACAGAACCGGUCCCGCAAUUGAAAAUUGUCGCUAAGGAUAAUGGACAUCCACCGUUAUCGUCGACAGCUACCGUUUUGGUAACAAUUCACGAUGUCAACGACAAUGAGCCUAUAUUCGAUCAGAGUUUCUAUAAUGUUUCAGUGCCGGAGAAGGAACCAUUGGGAAGGUGUAUUUUAAAGGUGUCUGCAAGUGACCCAGAUUGCGGAGUAAAUGCAAUGGUUAAUUAUACCCUAGGUGAGGGUAUAAAGCAGCUGGCGGAGUUCGAAGUACGCCCCGCAUCCGGAGAGAUAUGCAUUUCUAGUGACCUGGACUAUGAGAAGCGUUCAUCGUAUGAAUUUCCAGUCAUUGCAACUGAUCGAGGUGGUCUUAGCACAUCGGCCAUGGUUAAGAUCCAACUCAUCGAUGUCAAUGACAAUCGUCCUGAAUUCUACCCAAAGGAAUACAAUGUGUCGCUGCGUGACACAUCGACAGGGUCAAUGUCCGAUGAAACGCCAGUUGUUUCGGUUGUCGCCACCGAUCCGGACUCAGGUCGUAAUGGCGAAGUGACCUAUCGCAUUGUGGCCGGCAACAAAGAUGGCAUAUUUCGAAUAGACAAAAUGUCCGGUGAGGUAUUUGUUGAUCGUCCGAAUUUGCUGUCCAUGUCGAUGCGCAGUCAUCCUUUUCACAUAUUGAAUAUUUCUGCAACGGACGGAGGUGGCAUUAAGACUUCACAAGAUGCUGUGAUUUACAUUAGCAUAAUUGAUUCGACACAGAGACCGCCGAUUUUUGAGAAGUCGCGCUAUAACUAUUUUGUUAAGGAAGAUGUGGCGCGGGGGACGAUAGUUGGAUCGGUAAUGGCAACCAGCAGUGAUUCAGGAAGCCGCAAUGUUGUCACUUAUUCCAUCUACACUGGUGAUCCUGAUGAUUACUUUACCAUCGAUAAGAACUCUGGUGAUAUUCGAGUUGCAAAACCAUUAGAUCAUGAAGCCAAACCACAAAUUCUACUAAACAUUCAAGCUAAAAGUGGUGAUCCACCAGCUUAUGGACAUACUCAGGUCAACAUCGAUAUCGAGGACGUUAACGACAAUCCACCCGAAUUCGAGACAAGUAUGGUCCGUAUCUCGGUGCCAGAGAACGUCGAACUUGGUGCGCCACUGUAUGCUGCUCACGCCCGCGAUAAGGACUCUGGCAAAAGUGGCAUUGUCACAUACAGUCUAACAAUGAUUGGUUCAAUGCCAUCACAUCUGAAUGUGACAACGGCAGCAGCAGCCGCAGCAGCCAUGUACGGUGGUUCAUCGAUGUUUAUGUCGCCAGGACCGGCAUCUGGAUCUUCAUCAUCGUCAUCAGUAGCAUCAUCGCUGACAUCCUCGUCCUCAUCGUCAUCGUCACUUUUAUCAUCUCUAAAUGGUGGUGGUGUUGGUAGUGGAGGAGCUGGGGCAAUGGGAAGACUUUAUUCCAUUCGAAAUGGUAAUCACAAUCAAAUUGGUUCUGGAUCUCAGCAACAAUUGUAUGGCAUGGGUGCUGGUGGUGGCAGUGGAAGUAGUUAUCUCCUGGCGGCCAACUCAUUGCCACUAGACUUGCAACAGCAGCAGCAUCAUCUAGUGCGGCCAUCUGCCAUGAACCAAGCUCAACUGUUUGCCAUCGAUUCACGUUCCGGACAUUUAACAUUGUCACGACAUUUAGACUACGAGACAUCACAACGGCAUUCGUUAAUUGUCACCGCAACCGAUUCUGGUGAACCACCAUUAUCGGCUAAUUUAACUAUUCUCGUCGAGGUACAAGAUGUUAAUGAUAAUCCGCCGGUCUUCGAGCGUAAUGAAUAUUCAAUUAAGGUGUUGGAAUCGAUGCCGAUUAACUCGCAGAUUCUCCAAGUGACAGCCAUCGACCUUGAUACCGGCAACAACGCCCGCCUCACCUAUCGUCUUACCGACUCUAAUGGCAACAGUAGCGGCGAUAAGAAAUUCCUACAACCAUCCAAAGCAAAUCUAACCAUUCCCCUCGGCAGCAGCAGCGGUGCCAACGCAUCAUCAGGCCUCCGUUCAUUGGCAAUGAUGGCAGCCAUCAAAGGUGUAACAAAUGCCCCCAUUACAGCAAGUUCCGAUCCAAAUCAAUUAUUUGGUAUUUUCCCGAAUAGUGGUUGGAUUUACCUGCGUGGCACACUCGACCGUGAAACGCGUGAUCGUUACGAACUCACGGUAAUGGCCAGUGACAAUGGUACACCGUCAGCUCAUGCGAAAACACGUGUCACUGUCAAUAUACUCGAUGCCAAUGAUAAUGAUCCUCGAUUUGUGCGCAACACCUAUGAAUUUGCCAUUGAGGAGAAUAUGCGACGUGGUGCAAUAGUUGGCACCGUUUCAGCUACUGACUUGGAUCUAGAUGCUAAUGCGGCGAUACGUUAUAGUUUGAUACCGAGCAACACCAGCUUCCAGGUUAACCCAGUUACAGGCGAAAUCAUCACCCGCGAGCCGUUGGACCGUGAAACGCGCUCCCUUUACGAUCUGGUCGCUGAGGCCCGCGAUCAGGGCACACCGUACCGCAGCGCCCGUGUCGCAGUGAAAGUCAUGGUGACUGAUGUGAAUGACAAUUCUCCGGACAUCGUUGAUCCGCAGGAGGAUGUGGUCAGUGUGCGCGAGGAACAGCCGCCCGGCACCGAAGUGGUACGAAUUCGUGCCGUCGAUCGUGAUAAUGGCCAAAAUGCAUCGAUCACCUAUACGAUACUGAAGAGUCGUGACUCAGACGGCUACGGGCUAUUCUCGAUCGAUCCGAGUUCGGGCCAAAUUCGCACUCGUGUCGUAUUGGACCACGAGGAGCGCAGCAUCUAUCGGCUGGCGGUGGCCGCUACCGAUGGUGGUGUGCCGCCGAAGCAGACUGUACGUUUGUUGCGUGUCGAGGUGUUGGAUUUGAAUGACAAUCGGCCGACGUUUACCAGUUCCAGUUUGGUCUUCAGGGUCCGUGAAGAUGUACCAGUGGGUCAUGUAGUUGGCUCAGUUGGCCCCUCAGAACGUAGUGACACCCAAAACAUGAUCGCCGAACCGGGACUUCACAUAACUUACACUCUGACGUCACUCACCAAAGACACCAUCGAAGGUGCCUUCGACAUGGACCGCCAAACCGGCUUCCUCGUUGUUGCCCGCCGACUAGAUCGCGAACAACAAUCCGAAUAUCGAUUGGAGAUCCGAGCAUUGGACAACACCGCCUCCAACAAUCCACAGAGCAGCGCAAUCACAGUUAAAGUCGAGAUCGCCGAUGUGAAUGACAAUCCACCCAAGUGGGCCGAAGAUCCAAUAAUGAUCUACGUCAGCGAGAGCACAGCUAUUGGAGUGAUAAUCUACAAUUUUACCGCCACCGACGCAGAUACCGGCACCAACGGUGAACUGCAGUAUAAGUUGUUGCGCCAGAGUCCCGAUGGCGUCGAUGUUGCUACUACUUCCCACCAACUGCAACUGCAACAGCAACAAGACCAGCAGCAGCUCCAACAGCAAAAUCAGAAUCAUCAGGAACAGCAGCAGCAAAAACAAUCACUAUUCUCAGUGGACCCACUUACCGGUGCUCUGACCCUACAAGCUGCACUUGAUUACGAAACAAUCAGCGAGUACAUUCUAAUUGUACAAGCUCUCGACCAAUCAUCGAACGCAACCGAACGUCUACAUAGCACAGUAACGGCUCGCAUCCUCGUCGAGGACGCCAACGAUAACGGUCCAGUUUUUGUGUCGCCAGCCGGAGGAAGCGACACCAUCAUAGAACUGAGUGACGCAACACAAGUCGGUCAAUUAGUGGCACACGUCGUUGCUACUGAUAAGGACUCUGGCGAUAAUGGACACAUCACCUAUGCAAUACUUAGCGGUAAUGAAGAUGGACGUUUUAGGAUCGAUUCAAAGACUGGUUUCAUCGAAUUGGCCAAGCCACUGCCACAGAUGAUUGGUAAUAGUGGUUCCAAUAGCAAUGACGAUGCUAAUGGCAUCUAUGGCACCAACAAUCGUUUCAAUCGAGACCAUCGAAGUCGAAGUCGCAGUAGCAGCAAUAGUAAUGGUGGUCAUAAGGGGAACAAUAAAUUUAAUUUGGUGAUCAGUGCCAGUGAUCAUGGAAGUCCACACUCGAAGCAAUCGCAUUUGAAUUUACAAAUUCUUGUCCAUGGCACAACGAGCAAUCCUCCGCGAUUCUUGCAGUCUGUCUAUCGUUUUAACAUCUCUGAGAAUUUGCCAUCAGGAACUCCGGUCUUUAGUGUAGGCGCUAAGUCCUUUAAUGGUGCAAAUCUAACAUAUAAAAUCCCAUUAGGUGUUGCUAAUAAUCACUUUAUUGUGGAUACUUAUCGUGGUACCGUCAAAUCGCAAGGACAAUUUGAUCGUGAGACCAAAGAUGAAUACACGAUACCAAUCUAUGUAUUUGAAACGAAUCGUGCCCCAAGUGUUGCCAUACAACGAUCACAAGCAACAACAUUAACAUCAGCAACAUCAACAGCAGGAGCAGGAGCAGGCAUAGGAAUAUCAGACACAGCACAAUCAACUCAUGUCACAUCCGUUGCCGAGUCACAACCUCCUCAGCAUGGUGAACAAUUUGACAUUGCAACAAUUGUCAUUAAAAUAACUGACGUUAAUGAUCAUGCACCUGAAUUUCAUCCGGACUCCUGCUAUAGGAUGUCAGUGCCAGAAAACAGUGAUUUAGCGGUCAUUCAUACUGUGGUCGCUACAGACUUGGAUGAGGGUGCUAAUGGUGAAAUUGUUUAUAGUAUAAUUGGCGGUAACUUGGGAAAUAAGUUCAGCAUCGAUAUGCAUACGGGUGAGCUAACAGCACGCUCAUUGGAUCGUGAACAACAUUCACGGUAUUCAUUGCAAAUUCAAGCCCAAGAUCGUGGUACACCCAUCACAUAUCAGGGCCUUUGUAAUAUAACGGUUUCGGUAUUGGAUCAAAACGACAAUGAUCCACGUUUUGAACAAACUAAAUAUAUUGCAAAUAUUCCCGAGGAUAUUGCUAUUGGUUCGUCGGUAUUGAAAGUGACUGCAAAUGAUGCUGAUUGGGAUAGAAAUGCAAGGAUAUUAUAUUCGUUGGCAAAUGAAACAGAAUGGCUCUUUGCUAUCGAUAAUCAAACAGGAUUGAUAACCGUUGUUGGACCUCUGGAUCGGGAACGUCAACAUAUCUACAACUUUGAGGUUGUGGCCACAGACGACGGACCCUAUGACUCACGUUCGCAACGAGUACCCGUACAGAUCAUUGUGGACGACGUCAACGACAACAAGCCGAUAUUCGAUCGCUACCCAUUCCGGACACAGGUGCCGACCCUGAACCAGCCGGGCAAGGCACUGCUUGAUGUCCGAGCUACCGAUGCGGAUCAAGGCAUCAACGGUGAGAUCUUCUAUUCGUUGAUUCAGGAUGCGACUGCGAAGAAAUUCCGCAUCAAUCCCAGCACCGGAACGGUGAGUGCCACACAGAGUCUGGCCAGCGAGAACGGCAAACUGCUGCACUUGAAGGUGAGGGCACAAGAUAAGAGCAAUCAGCCGCAGAGUUCGAUCGGCUUAAUUGAGAUCCGUGUGGGGGAGCCGCAGUCGGGCAGUCCGCUGCUGCGUUUCCAAAACGAUACCUAUCAUGUGCGACUGCGCGAGAACACCGCAAUUGGUCAGUCUGUCAUUCGGGUGAGUGCAGUGCGCAGUGACGGACGACGCCAGAAGAUUAUUUAUUCAUUUGGUGCGGGCAACGAGGACGAUGCAUUCUCGAUAGACGCGAUCACCGGUGAGAUCAAAGUGCGCAACUCCGAACAUCUAGAUUACGAGAAGUACUCUUGGCCAUCGUCGUCGUUGUCGGGCCAUGCCCAGUCGUCAUCCAUGGCCUCGUCAAACGGACGCAGCUUGUUCCACGGCGACGAUGGCAACAGCAACGAUGACGAUGACAUUGCGACUGCGGCCAACAGGAGCAACUCCUUGAACGUGGCUGCUAAUAGAACAACACAAACUGUCAGAAGAAUGCGUCGUGGCAUCACAUACGGCAGCAGCAGUGGCAACAGCAACGAUAUGGCAGCAACAUCAACAGCACUAGCAGACCACUCGAGUCCGGUGCCCAGUGAGAUGCGAUUAAUUUUGGUCGCACAUACCGAAGAAACGCCAUUGUUGUACGGCUAUGCGGAAUUGCACAUUAUCCUGGAGGACGAGAACGACAAUGGACCACAUUUCACACAGCAACAAUACUCGGCAACGGUGUGGGAGGGCAACAGCAAGGGGACGCUGGUGGUGCAGGUGCAGGCAUUGGACGCGGACGCCGGCUCCAACUCGCGGGUGCUGUAUCACAUCGUCGAUGGCAAUCAUGACAAUGCGUUUGUCAUUGAGCCGGCAUUCAGUGGUAUCGUUAAGACGAAUAUUGUGCUCGAUCGUGAGAUACGCGACAUCUAUAAGCUGAAGGUGAUAGCCACCGAUGAGGGGGUGCCACAGAUGACGGGCACGGCUACCAUUCAGGUGCACAUUAUCGAUGUAAAUGAUAAUCAGCCGACUUUUCCGCCGCACAGUGUGAUUAGUGUUAGCGAAGGUACCGAACCGGGCAGUGUUAUUACAAUAAUAUCUGCAAACGACGUCGACACCUAUCCCGAGCUGACAUAUCGCUUUGCCAGUGAAGAUGACACCACCAGCAACAGUAACAGUCACAGUCGCAGCCAUACAUCAUUGACUUCUUCGGCAACAACAAGAACCACCUCAACCAGCAUCUACGAAGAAAACACUUCCAUCUUUGCCAUCGAUCGCUACAGCGGCAAAGUGAUCCUCCGCAAGCGACUCGACUACGAACUGCAACAAGAAUACCAAUUGGAGAUAAUUGCAUCGGAUACAGCACACGAAGCACGCACCACUCUCACCGUUCGUGUCACCGAUGAGAACGAUAACGCGCCCGUAUUCCAGCAGCUAGCUUAUUACACCAUGCUUCCGGAUCAGAUGUCAUCCAAUGGGGAUCGGGAUAUCGAACUGCUUACGGUCAAUGCAACUGACAUCGACUCCGAGCGCAAUGCACUCAUUCGGUAUAGCAUACAUCCGCCGCAAGCGGGCUUCUCCAUUCACGAGUCGUCUGGAAGUGUCUAUGUUAACACUAGUCGCAUUAACGCAGCGGUCGGUCGUGAUGACAUCUAUCUGACAAUUCUCGCCACUGACUCGGGUACUCCUCCGCAGCAGUCAUCAACUAUUGUCAUGGUGCAGGCGAAUGCAAAUAGCCAGGGAAGGGCACAAUUCCUGCAGACGCAAUACCGAACUAGCAUUAACGAGGAAGCACCCUUAGGUACGGUGGUGUUGAGGUUAUCGCAGGACGUUCUCGAUACGGAGUUGACUCAGCAUUUGGUGUUCACUAUUGUCGCUGGCAACGAAGACGGCACGUUUGAAGUUUACCAAUCGAGUGCCAUCAUUCUUGUCCAGCCGCUGGAUCGUGAGCGUGUCGAUUUGUACAAGCUACGGUUGAUAAUGAGCGAGAAGGGUGCUCCAUUGCGGGCGGACAACAAUUCGUCGGCGAUCAAUGUGUUUGUCACGGUUGAGGACGCGAAUGACAACUCACCGGUGUUUGAUUCCAGCGGACAGUAUGAAGCGGAAAUCAGUGAGUCGGCUCCGCUGCGGUACUCCAUAGCACAAUUGCUGGCUGUUGAUGCGGACUUGGAGAACACUCCAAAUUCGGACAUUGUGUACGAUAUCACGUCGGGCAACGACGAGGGCAUGUUCACCGUCGACCUGGUCUCUGGAGUGCUGUUUGUGAACAAUCAACUCGACUAUGACCGUGGAGCCAUGAACUACGAACUGAUCGUGCGAGCAUGUGAUAGUGCGGCUGUUCCACGGUGCAACUUGCAGCCAUUCGCCGUUUCGCUGGUCGAUGAGAACGAUAACGCUCCACGAUUCCCCGUUGCCGAAUACAUCGAGUUCAUUGGCGAAAAUGAAGCAGUCGGGACGAGUAUUUUCACUGCACGCGCAACCGAUCUGGAUCGCGGCAUCUACGGGAGCCUGAACUACUCCAUCGAUCAAUCGGAUCCGCACAACAUGGCUGGCGAUGAACUCGUCUAUAAACUGUUCCGCGUCGAUGCCACUAGUGGAGUCGUCACCUCUAACGCCAUAUUCGACUAUGAACAAAGAAACCGCUACGACUUUGUGCUGCGCGCAACCGAUACAGGCGGCAAGUAUGCAACGGUCAAAGUGCGUAUCAUGAUCGACUCGAAGGACGAAUAUAGUCCGCAGUUCACAGAGAGGACAUAUCGCUUUGUGAUGUCAUCGCCGGCGGAAGAAAACAUGCAGCUAGGGUAUACCGUGGGCCAAGUUUCAGCCAGUGAUCGUGACAAGGGUGCUGAUGGACGAGUGGUCUACCAGCUGACCUCACAACAUGCCUAUUUUAAGGUUAACCGGACAACGGGAGCAGUGGUCAUCAAGAAGAAGCUCGAUGACAAUUUUGAUGAUGGACGUGACAUCAGCUUGGUGAUCACAGCUAGUUCAGGGCGCCAAGGAUCACUCACCAACAUGACUGUCGUCGAGAUUUCCCUCGAUCCAUUGGGUCACCUUAACACUAACAUGGCGAGCAACGUUGGAGCACCUAGUUCUGGCGGUGGGUUCGCUGACUGGGCACUGGGAUUGUUGAUUGCGUUCUUGCUUGUCAUUUGUGCGUUUGCUGGAAUCUUCCUGUUUUUGCAUAUGAGAAAUAGGAGGCAUAGACAAGUCUCCAAGCCAAGUCUUAGCACUGAGACGGUGGGUAACACCAACAGCUAUGUGGAUCCUAGUGCUUUCGACACGAUACCAAUUAGAGGUGGAUCAGGAGCCACUGGAAGUGCGGGUCAAUUUGCACCACCCAAAUAUGACGAGAUCCCUCCUUACGGUCCACAUGCAGCAAGCUCGAAUUCUGGAGCAGCAACCACAUCAGAACUCUCAGGCUCCGAGCAAUCUGGAUCAAGUGGACGGGGUUCAGCUGAAGAUGACGGUGAGGAUGAAGAAAUUCGCAUGAUCAAUGAAGGUCCACUCCAUCGGGAUCACCAUAGAGGCAGCGAUGACGGACGACUGUCCGACAUCUCGGUGCAAAACACUCAAGAGUAUCUGGCGCGACUGGGCAUCGUCGACAAUCCCAACACAACGGGAGCAGCGUCAACAUCCUCCCGCAGAUGUUCAGAGAGUAUCGGUGGCAGCAACAAGGACUCCCAUCUCCAUCAUCCCCUCCCCAUAGACUCCCUUCACAUGUUCGACGAGGAACCAGGCGGCGAGUCUGAUAUCACAAACCUCAUCUACGCAAAACUCAAUGAUGUAAACGGAGGAAGUGACCGAGCCAGCAGUACUGACGAAGCCGCAACAACAGCCGGAAGCAUCGGUGCUGCCGUCGAUCACGUCAUGGGCUUCGGGGAUGUUCCGGUCGUCGGCAGUGGGAAUGUCGGCCCCUCUAUGAACGGCUCCUUGAGUUCCAUAGUCCACAGCGAAGAGGAACUCACCGGCAGCUAUAACUGGGACUACCUUCUCGACUGGGGUCCGCAAUACCAGCCGCUGGCGCACGUUUUCUCAGAGAUCGCAAGACUGAAAGAUGACACCCUGUCGGUGCAUAGUGGCAAUAGCGGAGCAUCGUCCAGUGCCAAAAGCAAGCAGUCACUGGCCCACUCCGCCAAGCACAUUCCACCUCCGCUCCUGACAAAUGUCGCCCCUCGAUCCAUUAACGUUCCAGUAUUAUCUAGCCGGGGGAGUGGCAGCCAUCACUCCUCGGUGCCCGCCAAUCAAUACCUCCUGCCACGAUCACCAAUUAGUCACGAUGCACCCGGCGGUGGUUUCAGUACAUCAUCGGCGAUGUCGCCCAGCUUCUCACCAUCCCUAUCGCCAUUAGCGACAAGGUCGCCAUCGAUAUCGCCGCAUGUUGUUGGUGGAGUGCCAACUGGCCAUCAUAUGGUUUCACUGCCACGGCAUCAACCGCAACCGCAGCAACGUAAAAAUCUCGACAAUGAGAUGCGAGUGAGAAUGUAAUCUGUUGAAUUUAAUUAAAGUCCCUCCAUGUCCCACCUUACCCCCGACCUACCCUCCUUUAAAUCAUGUGUAGUAGACUCUAAGUUAAGUAGUUAAGAGUGAGGUAACACUAGCUGACCCUCCCGGCUGUGGUAACAACAAACUUUAAACUAUUUAAACAAAAAGUGUAUAAGAACAAAACAAAACAAAUACAUUAAUCAUAAUCACACUUGUACAGAAUUUAUUUUUAAUCAGUUUGCCAUUAAAUUUUAGGAUUUUAGCCAUUAAGAUAACAAACCUCAUUAAUUUUUGUCUUUGUGUAUUUACAUUUUUUCUUAAAAUGCAUUUUCAAAUAUUUUUUUUAAUUUAAUAUUAAUAAUUAUCACCCCCAUACACCGCUCCCAAAAUGGAAAAUAAGUCGUAAAAUUGUACAUACUGUAUCCAAGACUAUAAAGCCAAUAAAGACUCUUAAAUAGUUGUAUAUUAAAAACAUUUAAAAAAUAAAAACAAAAACAAAACAAAAUAGUAAAUCUUAAAAAUAAAAUUAAAAAAAAAAUAUUAAUCGCCAUAAACAAAUAAAAUAUUGUAAUUCAUUUAAAUUUUCUGCAUUUAAAAAAAAGUAAGACUUGCCAAGAAUUAAAUAUUUUAAUAAUAAUUUAAAAAAAAAAUAGUUCUUCCAUUCAAACAAAAUAAUAUUAAUUUUAACAAAAAAUUGUAUAAAAAUAGAAUUACAUAAAAUUAAUAGCUAAACAAAUUUUGUACAAACUUAAAAAAUAAAAAUAAUAAAUAUAAUUAGGUUAAAAUAAAAAUAAUUCGUAAUAAUUUCUCAUUAAUUUUUUGUUUAUUAA